AUGGGGGAACAUAGAAUUGCAGUCUUCCGAUCUAGCCUCAUCAACCUGUGGCUUUUUGACUGGGUGCCGGUACCACUAGUGUACACACAGGUUGUUCAUCUCACAGUCUACAGCUACUUCGUAAUAGCAUUAUUUGCUCGACAAUAUCUCGAUAGAGACCCACUCAAGAAAUCGAUAGAUCUAUAUGUACCAAUCAUGACUAUGCUGCAAUUCACGUUCUUCAUUGGAUGGUUAAAG